UUCAGUCAUAUUUUACGAUAGAAUAAGUAAUAAUUUAAUAAGAGAAACAGACUUGCCAGGCACAGUUCCGUAAGAUUAUCGUUUGUGUUUGUUUUUCAUCUAUGAGAUUAUUGUUCUUGAGGAGAAUGUCUUUCGUCGAUCUUGCGUCACUGAGAAUUAAGUACAAAUCAGAGAAGGAGAUCUUCCUUGAAUCCAGCAUCGAGCGAAAGGAACCAAUAAGCCUAUUUCGCAGCUGGAUGCAGGAUGCGUGCGAGACUCCUGAAAUCAUUGAGCCCAACGCGAUGUGCUUGGCAACAGCAACAAAGGAUGCUGUACCGUCCGCUCGGUUCGUUCUUCUGAAAGACGUCACUGCGGAAGGAUUUACAUUCUUCACCAACUACGAAAGCCGCAAGGCGGACGAGCUGGCUGAGAAUCCUAACGUAGCGCUUGCAUUCUAUUGGCUCCCGCUGCGGCGCUCCGUCCGAAUCGAAGGUGUCGCGGAGCGCAUUUCCCGAGAUGCUUCGGAAACCUAUUUCCAUCAGCGUCCGCGGGCAAGCCAAAUCGGCGCUCUGGCAAGCCCGCAAAGCAAACCAAUCCCCAGCCGGGAGUUUUUGGAUAAGAAAGAGAAGGGCAUCAUCGCGGAACUGGCACCGGACCGCGAAGUCCCGCUGCCCAACUGGGGAGGCUAUCUCGUUCGACCGAAGGCGAUCGAGUUUUGGCAAGGGCAAACAAAUCGUCUGCACGAUCGCAUUCGGUUCCGCAAGGACACCAAACCGGACGAGACCGUCGAUGGAGUGCUGCUUCAUCAGGGCGAAGAGGGCUGGGUGUACGAACGACUGGCACCAUGAGCCCCGGUAUGCGAGUGAUUUGCCGCUGCCGCACCAAGUCUUCCAGUGGAUUCGAACGAGGGCUUUAUCUCUCUAGAUUUAUCGCUUUGUUUCGGAUGGGGUAAAAGAAGAGUGUACCAUUUACGUUGAGUUUCCUGUUUCCUGGGUAGUAAUUAACCGGAAUAUAUUGUAAGGAUUGUGUUCGAUCACCGGAGGAAAUAAAUUUAUUGACAUCUCGUAUCUGUUACAAUAAAAUGUUG